GGGGCGACAGACCUGGAGAAGCAGCUGGAGCUGCUGUUGGUGGAGAACCAGCAUCUGAAACAGGAGCUGAAGUCAUGCAGGAGCUCAGAGCUUCAGAGCCUCGGCGCUGCUGCCGAGAACUGCAGCCACUGCCCCCACAGACAGGACGUGGAGUCCCUCCAGAGACAGGUGUCUCUCUGGGAGAACCAGGCCCGGCAGAGGGAGCGACAGCUGGUCGAGCUGGAGCCAGAGCUGCUGGAGAAAACCUCCAGAGUGGAGAGUCUCCGCCGGCAGCUGGAAGAGUCGAGGAGGCAGCUGGAGGAGUCGAGGAGGAGGCAGGAGGAGUCGAGGAUGCAGCUGGAGGAGUCGAGGAGGAGGCAGGAGGAGGCCGAAAGGAAACUCUCCCUCAGACUACGGGAGUGUGAGGAGGAGCUCACCAGGCAGGCCAGAGUCCAGUACGUGACUCAGACGGUGGAGGUGGACUCAGCUGACUCUCUGAGAGCUAUGGCUGAGCUGCAGACGAAGAACGCCGGCCUUCAGGAGCAGCUGUGUGUUCAGAGGACACUGCUGAGAGAGCUGGAGAACCAGCUGCACGAGUCACAGAGGAUCUGCGCUCAGCUCAGGACGCAGAUCCUGGUCUAUGAAGGAGAGAUGGAGCGAGCUCAGGGUCAGCUGGAGGUGGAGAUGCAGAACCUGGAGGAGGAGAAGAACCGUGUGAUUGAGGAGGCGUUCGUCAGAGCCGAGAGCGAAAUGAAGGCCGUGCACGAGAACCUGGCGGGUGUGCGGAUGAACCUGUUGAGUCUGCAGCCGGCCCUCCGGACCCUCACCUGUGACUACAACUGUCUGAAGAGGCAGGUCCAGGAGUUCCCCUUCAUGCUGGACAAAGCUAUCACUGAGGCCAAGCAGGAGAUCUGCCAGGUGAUCAGCGAGGUGAGCUCCACCAAUCAGGAGCUUCUGUGUAAAUACAAGAGAGAGAUGAACCUGAGGAAGAAAUGUCACAACGAGCUGGUUCGACUCAAAGGUCUGAACCAACUUCAUCAUUCUGAUUAUUGUCUCGUCUUAAAUGUGUCCUCUGUGUCCCGUGAAGAGACUGUCCUCUGUGUGUCCCGUAGAGAGGCUGUCCUCUGUGUG